CUAUCUAUCUAUCUAACAACCAGCCAGAACUGGCUUGGGAACACCUUAGCAACCACUUAAGGAGUAGCCAUCUCCUAGCGACACCUUCACGCCAUAUCUCUUCAAAUGACUCUUCAAACUACCAAAGCAUUUAAAGGGCACAAGGUUUAUAUUGCAUUCAGUCUACAUGUCUUCAUAACUGUUCAAUUAGUAAAAUACAUAAGGUCUUUAAACUGUGUUAAACUUAAGAAAAAGAAAACUCUCAAAGUUUGUCUAUGUUGUUUCUAUCAGCAUUCUGCUCAGAUGUGCAGUGUGUUAUCCAAAUGCAGUAAAUUAAAUUUAACCCACAAUAAAAAAAAAUGCUGAAAAUGAACUCAAAACUAAUAGUUUGUUCACUCCCAGUCCCAAAUCAACAAUGCGUUUCCUGGUCCUUGUCUUGGCCAACUGGCUCUAAAGUCUCAAUAUCAUGUACAUUUUAAUUUCAUCAAAAUGAAUCAUCUUUUCCAUACUUCCUGUCCUACCUUUUUAAAGCCCCUCCAUCAUCCACCUCUUCAUUUGAUCAGGUUCACAGGCCUCUCUGUAAGCUGAGCUUCAUUGAGGGAGACGCGGGGUCAUCCGAUCCCCUCUCACAGCGACACACAGCUCUCCCCGAUCAGAUGUCCCCCUCUACCUCGAAGAGUCUGUGUCAGUCAGUAAUUGAGAGAGGUAAGAAGACAAGAAGUGUAUUAAAAAUGAGCAGAUCAACGGAAAGACGACGUUUCAAGCUAAUCAGACAACAUGGACUUUAUAACUCUAUUAGGUAAAUUGGUCAAAUCUAAAACCAACUGUAUAUGUGUAAGAGCUGUUAAUAUGAAAUAAGUCAUGGCUAAUCCAGAGGAAUUGGAGUCUACAGCAGGUGUAGAUGCUGGGGCUGAUGGAGAUGGAGAAUAUAUUCCCUGUAUAGAGAGCACACCAUCAGAUGUUCAGGGAGCAGCUGAUCAGACAUAUCCCGAUAAAAUCGAGGUGGUCUCUGUAACCGAGGAAGACAUUCCUGCAAUGGAUCCCUCGGCCCAGCUGAAGGUCAGUCCGCUGGACAGUUCAAGUGCCAGUCCUCCACCAGAUGACAGCACUGUCAAACCCACUUUUGAAGUCACUUCCAAAGACCCUCUAACAGAAACCUCCUCAGCCCAGCCCAGUCUUUCAAUGCCAGUUACCAAAGUCCAGCCCUUUGUUACAGAGGAGAAAACACUCCGUGGCAGCCUGCUUGCACGCAGGACGGAGAUACUGAUCGGGGCUUGUGUCCUGCUCACCCUCAUUAUUGUGCUUGGAAUUGGACUGGGCGUUGGCUUAAGCUGUGCCGGCAAGUUUCGAUGUGGUUCUUCUGGGUGUAUUAGUAUGUUGGCACAAUGCGACGGACAUUUUGACUGUGAACACGGAGAAGAUGAGCUCAGCUGCGUGCGUCUGAGUGGGAAGAGCUCUGUACUGCAGGUGCUCACUAAUGGAGUCUGGAAAACUGUCUGCGCCGAGAACUGGGACUCUAACCUUUCCCUCUCUGCUUGCAAACAGCUCGGCUAUUCGAGAUAUGUGGAGUCGAAAGCUCUUCUUCUGUCCUCUAUUGAGCAGGACUUACAAAGUAACCUGGUGUCAUUAAGUUUGAACCACACAAGUUCCCAGCAAGCUAUCAAGAUACACAACAUAACUCAUUUCAGUAAAACCCAGUGCAGUCUGGGAAAGGUAACAACACUUAAAUGCAUAGCCUGUGGUUCCAGACCUCAGCUGAAUUCUCGCAUAGUUGGCGGUAACCUGUCAGUUGCGGGCCAGUUCCCCUGGCAGGUGAGCCUACACUUUCAGAACGUGCACCUUUGUGGAGGCUCCGUCAUAUCAUCUCGCUGGAUACUGACGGCGGCACAUUGUGUGUACGAGUAUGCCUACCCUAUGCUUUGGACCGCCUAUGUGGGAUUGAUAGAACUGCCGAUGAAUGCAGCGCAGUCUCUCGCCGUAGAGAAGAUCAUUUAUCACAGUCGCUACAGACCUAAGGGCUUGGACUACGAUAUUGCUCUGAUGAAACUGGCGCAGCCCCUCGUCUUUAAUGGUUUUGUGGAGCCUAUCUGUCUGCCGAACUUUGGGGAGGAGUUUGAGGAUGGUAAAAUGUGUUGGAUCUCAGGAUGGGGCGCCAUGAUUGAUGGUGGGGAAGGGAGCGAGUCACUGCUUUCAGCAAGAGUCCCUCUUAUCUCUAACAAGGCCUGCAGUCAGCCGGAGGUUUAUCAAGGCUAUAUAUCAGCAGGCAUGAUCUGUGCAGGAUACCUGGAGGGCGGGACAGACUCCUGCCAGGGUGACAGUGGUGGUCCACUGGCUUGUGAGGAUUCCUCUAUCUGGAAAUUGGUUGGGGCCACAAGCUGGGGACAAGGCUGUGCUGAAAGCAACAAACCUGGAGUUUACACACGCAUCACACAGACCCUCAGUUGGAUACAUCUGCAGAUGGAGAGAGAAGAAAUGCUGAACCCCUCUACUAUCAGUUGGGAUUAUUAACCGCAACGAAUCCAGGCAGAGAUGUCACAGAAACACAGAACUCUGACACAUGCAUGUCAUAAGAAGGCACACUGAAAGAAAUUUUAUAUUACAUGCACUCAAAUCUGGAAAAGUUUUAUUUGGUGUAAGUAGUCUUAUACAGUACUUGCUAUUGUUUUAAGAAAUACCUGUCAAACAAUGCUCUGUUGUGUCAUGAGUAAUUACUUACACGAGUGUUUCCCGAGACAGAACAUGACAAUGUGCUUUUGUCUAAUGCAAUAAAUACGGACAAAAAGGGACAAAGGCCCCAUCCAUGCAGAAAGUAUUUUCAUAUUUGCAAAUCUUUGUAAAACUUUAAUGUUAUACUAUUGUAGUGUUUACAGUAAUUAAAUAAUUGUUCAAAAACAGUACACAAUUCACAACAUUUAAUGUAAAAUGGUGACAAAAUAUUCAGACUUGACCUUUAUUUGACUUUAAUAUGGACAUUUUAUGCCAUCUUCAUUUCCAAAGCAUAUUUCAUAAAACUGACCGAUAUGGGAAGCUUUGUACACUACGUUCGCC